UCAAUUAUCCGAAAACAAACCCGGUUAGCGCAGAGAUCUCGGUUUUAUUCGGCCCCUCGAUUCGAGGAAAAGAAGCUGACCUCCGUCGCACCGUGCUUCGAUCCCAUCUUAACCGGCGGUACACCGGACUUCUCGUGGUUUCUCUCGCCAUCUUCUCCACCCGUGUGGUUUUUAGAAGGGAUUUGGCAUGCUUUUAAGAAGAUAUAUAAGAUUGCAAUGCGUGGUGCAAGAUAUACUAUGACCACUCAAGGCGUUAGACCGAGGCUGAGGAUAGUCGGCGUUGUGAUUUUAGCUGCGUGGAUUGGGCUUGCGGCAUUGUUUGGUCUGUUAAAACCUAUAAAGAGUGGGUGUACUAUGACUUACAUGUAUCCCACUUACAUUCCUAUCUCUGUGACGGACGGUGCAACUCCUCCUGGGAGAUAUGGACUUUACCUUUACCAUGAAGGAUGGAGGAAGAUUGAUUUUAAGGAACACCUCGAUAGACUUAGCGGUGUUCCAGUUCUUUUCAUCCCAGGCAAUGCCGGUAGUUACAAGCAGGUCAGGUCUGUGGCAGCAGAGUCUGAUAGAGCAUACCAGGGAGGCCCAUUUGAGCGCACAUUCUACCAGGAAGCUUCUCUAUUCCGUGGAGAAGGAGCAGAUACAGAGUCUGUAGAAUAUGAUAUGCCUAGUCAGUACAGUAACAGGCUAGAUUGGUUUGCUGUGGAUCUUGAAGGUGAACAUUCUGCAAUGGAUGGUCGCAUCCUUGAGGAGCACACUGAAUAUGUAGUAUAUGCCAUUCAUAGGAUUCUAGAUCAAUAUAAGGAAUCUCAUGAAACCAGAGAAAGGGAAGGUGCCGCUGCCUCCAGUAACAUACCACGUAAUGUGAUAUUGGUUGGGCAUUCUAUGGGUGGUUUUGUUGCCAGAGCUGCUGCAGUCCAUCCUCGUUUGCGGAAAUCAGCUGUGCAGACCAUUCUAACUCUCUCAAGUCCACACCAAUCACCUCCUCUGGCAUUGCAGCCGUCCUUGGGGCAUUACUUUGCUAAGGUGAACCGAGAAUGGAGAAAAGGGUAUGAAGUUCAAACAUCCCCUGGGGGAAGUCAUGUGUCUGAGCCAUUACUAUGCGGAGUUGUUGUUGUUUCCAUUGCUGGUGGCUACAAUGACUAUCAGGUGCGAUCGAAGUUAGAAUCACUUGAUGGUAUUGUCCCUUCAAGUCAUGGUUUUAUGAUAAGUAGUACAAGCAUGAAAGAUGUGUGGCUGUCAAUGGAACAUCAAGCGAUUCUAUGGUGUAACCAAUUGGUUGUUCAAGUUUCACAUACACUUCUUAGUUUGGUGGACUCAAAAACUAGUCAGCCAUUUUCUGAUACUCAAAUGAGACUCUGGGUUUUGACCAGAAUGCUUCAAAGUGCAUUAUCACAAAGCUUCAAUGGAAUCACACCCAUGAAAGUCUCUCAUGAGUUACCCAUGUUGGCCUCAAAGGGCUCUGAAUCACAAACUUCUACCUGUGGCCUGGAUUGGAGGGAAGAUGCUCUCGAUAGGGAUCUGUACAUACAAACGAGUACUGUUACAAUAUUAGCUAUGGACGGGAGAAGGCGCUGGUUGGACAUAGAAUCAUUGGGAUCAAAUGGAAAGAACCACUUUAUCUUUGUUACAAAUCUGGCACCUUGUUCUGGUGUAAGACUCCAUCUAUGGCCUGAGAAGGAGAAGGAGAAGGAGAAUUCAAAUUUACCAGUUUGUGAAAGAGUUCUGGAAGUUACGUCAAAAAUGGUUCUCAUUCCAGCAGGCCCUGCGCCAAAACAGUCGGAACCAGGGAGUCAAACCGAGCAAGCUCCCCCAUCUGCAGUGCUAAAGCUAGGACCUGAAGACAUGCAGGGAUUCAGAUUCUUGACUAUCUCAGUUGCGCCUCGCGAAGCAGUUUCCGGUAAACCUCCUGCGGCGGUUUCUAUGGCAGUAGGGCAAUUCUUUAACCCUGAGGAAGGGGCCAUGGAGGUCUCAUCUUCAUCUAUGCUCUUAUCCGCUUACUGGACAAAGGAGCUAUUUUUGAAGGAGGACCAUCCUCUAGCUUACAAUCUAUCAUUUGCUAUCAGCUUAGGUCUACUUCCCAUAACACUGUCCCUGAAAACAGCUGGAUGUGGAAUUAAAACUUCUGGUUUACCAGAUGGCGAAACUGGAGACUUGGAUAAUGAUAAGCUUUGCAAAUUGCGUUGCUUCCCACCUGUUGCACUUGCCUGGGAUUCUACAUCUGGACUUCACGUGUUUCCCAAUCUCUACAGUGAGACUGUAGUUAUUGAUUCUUCACCAGCUCUUUGGAGUUCUCAGAGUUCUGAGAAAUCUACUGUUAUGCUACUGAUUGAUCCUCAUUGCUCGUACACUGCAAAUGUUCAUGUCUCUGCUCCUGCUGUGUCCGGCAGAUUUGUACUUCUAUAUGGUCCUCAGAUAGUUGGCUUCUCAUUUGCCAUUACAUUGUUUACCCUUAUGCGGCAAGCUAAUCAAUGGGACCACAAACAAGCUGUGCCACCAUUGCUCUCUGCUGUAGAGUCCAACUUAGAACUGCCAUCUCCAUUUCUGCUUCUAGCUGCUUUCCCUCUUCUUAGUGCUUUGCUCUUCUCCUUCCUAAUGGCGCAACCAUUUCCUCCCCUCGCAAGCUUCACUGUUGUCUCGUUUAUCUGUUAUUUGUUGGCGAAUGCCUUCAUCAGUGUGUUAGUUAUUGUCUCCAAGUUUGUCUUCCAAGCGUCGGCUCUUGUCCACACCACUGUUAAAUCAAAAUGCCAAAAUUUGGAAAGAAGCUCGUCUCUUGCUUCUAGCCUAGUCUGUCUAAAGCAGGCAAUCCGAAUUCUGAAGCUCAACACAACAAUUGUUAUGACACUAGUAGCGGUUACCUUGGUGUCCUUUGUUCAUCCUGCUCUGGGUCUUUUUGUACUACUAGCCUCUCAUGCCCUUUGCUGCCAUAACUCAAUGUUCUGUAUCAUGAUGGCAUCGAGGAGAAAAGAACCAGUCGACCAGAAAACUGAAGCCGAGCAAAAAACUCGACAUACCUCAGGGAAACAAGAACCCUUAUCAGCAGACACGUCUGAAAAAUCAUUUGUUGAGACACAAGCUGACAUCUUCAACCACAGACACGGCUUACUAAUAUUGCAUCUCCUUGCAGCAAUGAUGUUCGUACCCUCUCUUGCCGCUUGGUUCCAGCGUAUUGGAACGGGACAAAGCUUCCCUUGGUUUGCUGAUUCAGCUCUCUGUGUUGGUGUAAUCUUCCACGGAGUAAUGAACUCGAGACCCGAGUCAAGCAUCCUCCGCUCUUUCCCAUCUGUCUUGGGGCACCAGCUUCGUCCACAUCAUAUUUAUCUCCUGGCGGGUUACUACUGCUUCUUCUCUGGACUAGAGUUGGCUCCUUACAAAGUGUUCUACGCUAUAGCUGCUUUAGGAUACAUCUCUUUGAGUCUUAAGAUCUCACAGGUGAACAAUAACGACCUUCGGUUCCGUACCAAAAGCAGAAUUCACAGACGCUGAGCUCUUUAGUCCGAACUAUAGAAUAUUCAAAUAGUGGAUCUUCACUGCUCAAUGAACGGAAAUGAAAUCAAAGAGAAUUUUGUUAUGGUUUCAAUCUUCAUCAGUAAUGUUAGUUAGUUAGAUUCAGAAUUGGUUUCAUUGUUUUUUCUGCAGCGUGUUUGUUUGUCGUAUACGUUACACGACUACAAAGGGCUCGAUUGCUUGGACCAGGCUACUAUGAUUAUUUUUGGAUGAUAGGGUUUAAGUAAUUAGCCGAGAGAGCAGAUUGUAUGUUUGGAUCGUAUGUAUGCAUAUGCUUAAUGAGAUUUAAUACUAUGUCAAGGUUUAUGA